CCCUCCCCACUCUUUUUCCACCGCCCCAGCACCUUCAUCUAUCAAUUUCCAUUGUCUUCCUUUUCUUUUAUUUUUGGGCUGGGAAAUCGAAGAAAGAAAACAGAGGGGAGAGAGAGAGAGAGAGAACGAAGGAGAGCAAGCGAGAGUUAGAGGGAACUCGAGAGGCAUGCAACUCGCGAAAGAAGGAAAGGAGAAGCGGAGAAGAGGAGGUGAGAGCAGUAGGGGGUUCAAAGAAAGGGAGAGCGGAGAGGAACCGGGAGGAACGAGCAAACACGGAUAGUGAGCGCGGGCUGCAGAUGAGCUAAAGCUAGACUAGCAGCAUAGGGAGACUCUUUUGAUAUCGGGGAUCAGCUCGGAGGAUUAGCAGCCUCCCGGAGGAACUCAACCAUACUUCCCGGCUCUUCUCUCAACUCGGCAACCCCCAACAACUCCUACUGGCUCUCUCCCUCCGGAAUCUAUGCCUUCGGUUUCUAUCCAAGAGGUGGCGGCUAUUCCAUCGGCAUCUUCAUGGUCGGCAUCCCACAGGAGACCCUCGUGUGGAUGGCCCGUCGGGACGACCCUCCUGUCCCGGGAAACUCCACCCUUCUUUUCACCUCCAAUGGGAAUCUCGUCCUGCAAUCGACCCAGCGUACGGUGAUCGCCACCCUGAAUGGGCCCGCUGUCUCUGCCUCCAUGCUCGACUCGGGAAAUUUUGUCCUCUAUAACUCUCAACAAAACAUAACAUGGCAAACCUUCGAUAGCCCAACCGACACCCUCUUAGAAGGGCAGUACAUCUCGGGGGGAAUGGAGCUGCGUUCGGCUGCCUCAGAUAACGACACAUCAACCGGGAUCUUCCGUACCAAGAUGCAAUACGAUGGGAAUCUUGUCAUGUACCCGAUCAAGAUGCAGUCUAGCGGGCGAUGGCCUUCUCUACCUCAUGAAUGGGACGGGUACAUAUCUGACAAACCUUACUGAUCGAGGAUUGGCAACGCCUAAUAUAGUAUAUCGUGCACGAAUCGAUCCCGAUGGGAUUUUCCGAUUGUACUCUUACAACAUGACAGAGAUGGGAAACUGGUCGACGGUUUGGUCAACAACAAAUAACAAGUGCGACCCCAAGGGCUUAUGCGGCUUCAAUGCCUUCUGCAUCAACAUCGACCAAGUUGGCAGAUGCCAAUGCCUCCCAGGUUUCGACUUUGUGCAAAGUGGGAAUGAGACAUCAGGCUGCCAGAGGAGUUACGGCAGAGAGCUGCACGGCGAUCAACGCACCUGCCAGUUACAACAUUUCGGUGGUCUCCAGCACUGAAUGGGAAGAUAAUUCCUACUCGGUUGUGGCGGUGCAAACAGAAAAUGAAUGCCGAAUGGAAUAUCUGCAGGACUGCAACUGCGAAGCUGCGUAUUACCAAGUUGGUUUGUGCAAUAAACAGAGGCUCCCUUUAAGAUAUGGUAGAAGGGAUCUCAGAUCAUCGAAUGUAGUCCUUGUCAAGGUAGGACAAAUGACACCCGGUAAUAGGACUGGGAGUGACCCGCAGAGGCCUGAAGGACAAAGAAAAGAACGCAUUCGCAUGGACAUUUUAGUAGUAAGUCUCAUUUUAAUUGCAGUUGCACUAGUAAUCAUCAUAGCCUGUGGGAUCCUUCUUUACAGGAACCGUGUUUGGUUGUACAAAACCAUUCCGACGGUCGGUACUGGCAGGAUGAUUGAGGAUGUCGCACCUUGAUCAUUUACUUAUGAUGAGCUCGUGACAGUGACUCGAGAUUUUAGAGAAGUGAUCGGGAAAGGAGCCUUUGGGAUAGUCUAUAGAGGAACCAUGUCGAAUGGAAAAGCCGUUGCUGUCAAGAGAAUUGAACGGGUGUCCACAGACGGUGAAAGAAAGUUCCAUACAGAGAUGAAAAUCAUCGGGAGGACCCAUCAUCGGAACCUCGUUCGCUUUCUCGGUUAUAGCUUUGAUGUAUCCAACAGGCUUCUGGUGUACGAGUACAUGAGCAACGGGUCGCUUGCUGAUCUUCUCUUUGCACCUGACAAGCUUCUUUGUUGGGAAGAGAAGAUGGGAAUAGUGCGGAACAUAGCCCGGGGUCUGCUCUACCUCCACGAGGAGUGUGAGACACAAAUUAUCCACUUGGACAUCAAGCCCAAAAACAUACUCAUUGAUGAGCAGCGAUGCGCGAAGAUAUCCGACUUUAGGCUGUCAAAGCUGCUGAAGCCGGAUCAGACCAACACCUACACCAGGAUCCGGGGCACAAGGGGCUAUGUCGCACCAGAAUGGCACAAAAACCUGCCUGUCACGACAAAGGCCGAUGUCUACAGCUUUGGCAUCGUACUACUGGAGAUAAUUUGCAGCCGGAGGAACAUGGACCAGAGCGUUCCAGAAGAAGAGAUCAUCCUGGAGAACUGGGUCUACGACUGCUUCGAGGCGGGUGAGCUGCACAAGUUAGUCGAUGAAGAGGAGGGUGUAGACAGGAGGCAGCUCGAGAGGAUGGUUAAGGUAGCUAUAUGUUGCACCCUUGAGGAUCCUUCGCUUCGCCCACCGAUGAGGAAGGUUCUGCUGAUGCUCGAAGGCACCAUAGACAUCUCCUCUCCACCUCGUCCCACUUCAUUCAUCAGCAGCAUCUGAAGCUGGCUUGAGGUGAUGAGCAGAAUUAUCAGAAUUGAGAUUUCCUAUUUUUGUUUCUCGUACUGUUUUGAUUAGAUCAGCCCUUCUUUGAUUGUAUGACAAUGAAAAUAACAAUUUGCUUGGCUAAUAAUCUACAACAAGGUCAGGCACCUCUGAUAUACUCA